AUGUCUGAGCUCCUUUUCAUUUCCCCAAUCGAGAAGAAGAACGUCAAGAAACCAUCAUGGAGAGGCAUUCCACGCGUUUCAUUUACACGUCCAGCUGUUGCUGCUGAAGUUGAUCCAAUCCAGAAACCAGCAUGCAACGCUAAGCCAGUCGAAACACGCCCAUCCCUUAAGGUUGGCACAGUCGUCAUCAUUGUCGGCGGUGAAAACCAAGGCAAGCGCGCUGUUGUUGUUGCUGAUCAGGGCGCUGGCAUCGUUAAGGUUGCUGGCCCAGUUGUUCCAGUCAAUGAAAUCUCACAAGACUACCUUAUCGCUACAUCAACACAAAUCGAAGUCCAGAAGGAUGCUACUGAGGCUCAGGUUGAGGCUGCCGCCCAGAAGGUCCCAGAAAUGGUUGAGUAUCUUAAGGCUCCAUUCACAAUCAAGAAGGGAGAUCGUAUCCACCUCAUGAAGUUCUAA